AAAAUCGGUUUGGGAAAAUUAUGAGUUAUCCACAUUAACGACAUCGGGUAAAGUAGGUGGGUCAACUCACGGAUUAAUGUGUAGUCAACCUACAAAUAUAAUGAAGAUUUUUGCUAGGUUACGAUAUAGAAUUGGAGUUGAGAUGGAUGAAAUUGGGAUAUCAUUAUUAAGGCAAGUAUUUAAUGUCAUGGAUGAUGCUGAAAUUUGGAUCUAUUUUAAUUCUUUGGCCUUUUUCAGAGUUAGAGUUAUUAAUAAGAGUGAAGUAGAUUUUGGCGCGACUCUCCAAAUUUUAGCAUUAUCCAUGACAUUUAAUAAUAAGCAAAUGUUAUGUUCAUUCUUUUUGACUCUAAUAACAAACGCCAACUGGAUGCAUUCUAUUAAAUCUUCUAUUUUAGGAAAUUUACUGGUUUCUUCAAAUUUCUGA